GUUGAGUGAAGUUUAGCGGAAGGCGUGAAUCUCCUCGAUGCGCGCGGUUUGCGUUCUCGGCUAGGCUCAAACCCCGCCCCAUCGUGUAGCUCAGUUUGGGGCUGCCACUUUAGCAAACUUUCGAGGCUGCAGUGUGCAACUGAAGUUACUCGGAUUUAGGGAAGAAAAAAAGAGUAUAAACCUCCAGGAAAGAGUUGCCAUUUCGGAAAGUCAUUAUGGCCCCCUCUAUCUUCACAUCGUCAGCCACCGCCGCACUGAGUAACGCCACUGUGACGGUGGACGCAGCCUUCUUCAGGUCCUCUCAAGGGAAACUGAAGAUUGCACAGAUGGUGACUCUGCUUAUUUCCUUCCUCUGUGUUCAGACCUCUGAAUUUUCAGUCUAUUCAAAUUACAAAGUCCUUCAGGUCGUCACAGUGUGGUUUCUUGUGGUCAUUGUAUUAUUCUAUUUCAUGCACCUGUUCCGGGUUCAUACCGUGCUGACUCAAGUCAACUGUCUUUUAAUAGAAUACGUACACUACAUCCUUGGGACCUUGCUGACCCUAAUCUCCUCACUCGUGGCAGCAGUGAAUCCUAUUAAGUAUCCAGCACUUAUUGCAGCCGCGGUGUUUGGAUUUUUUUCUUCUUUGCUGUUAUUCAUGACCCUCCUUUUGUCAUUUAAAACCACAUUUGAUACUCCAACAGAUACCACAGCUUAACUGUUUUGCCAAAGACGGGGACUGGAAGGAUUUUUUUCCACUACUUUGUUGGAAGUGACCUGAAGCAUACUGAUUUAUUUUUGAGUGUUUUAUUUUUCAUACUUUUUUAUAUGCUGUGCAAUGUUAAAAAUCACCAAAGAAGAUUAGCGUCUUCCUUUGGACUGUGUUCUUUGAAGUUGCCUGAGUGGAUGUUUACAAUGUUUUUUUUUACGUCUUUGUUUUUUGAAAACUUUUUUUAACUUUUUAUUUUUAUAAUUAAAAAAAAGUUUGUAAUUUACUUUUGUAAUGUAAAAGCUCCUAGAAAAGGGGUAAAAUUCCACAACAUUUAAUUGUAAUACCCCAAAUUCAGUGACCACCAUAGGAUUUCAGUUUUCACGAAUCGCUUUGUUUACGUUCACAUUGCCAGGCUCAGGUCCGAUUUAUCUAUAUAUUUUUUGCCUUAACGUGACACAAAUCUCAUGUUUUCAGGGCUGUGUGGACACAAAAUACUAUCUUUUAAAAGCAGAUUUGAGGCCCUUUCGUAUGUGGUUGGAAUGGAAUUCACGUAGUUCGUUG